AUGGAAGUAAUUAAAACCAUAAUAUUAUUUAUAUGUUUAAAAUUUGUUAGUGGAUAUUUUACACUACCCGGAAAAUGUCCUGAAAAUGUGAAAUUGCAAGAAGAAUUUAACUUAGCUGAGUUUGAUGGUACCUGGUAUCAAGCGUAUCGCUAUUCCAGUGACAGUCAACUCACAAAUAACUGUUCAACGAUUGAACUCUCUUAUAAACCCGGAGGGAUUUAUGUAAACUUCUCAAGAGUAGACCAUGGUCUUUUCCACAGGCACAGUAUAGGAAAACUUCAGAUUAUUAUGAAGAAAAAUGAAGUUGCAUCCGAGUUGGAUGUUACAUUUCAAUUCGAAAAUGCACCAAGAAGAUUAAAAGUGAGAAGAUAUCCUUUCCGCGUGUUGGCAACCAACUACAAUUAUUAUGCGACUGUCUAUACCUGCCAAUACAGCCCGCUCAUAAAUAAGCACUAUAUUUAUGUAUGGAUUCUUUCACGGCAUCAUUUAUUAAAUGAUGUGUCUAAAGAGUUGGCCAUGAAACCGCUGGCACAAAUAGGGGUGGUUCCUGAAAUGUUAGUAAAAGAUGACUGGUCUAACUGCCUUCCAAAAUAUUACGAUGACCAAGGCACGGAUCCUAUGACUUUUAGAUACGCAGUCCCUAUUUUAUUGAAAUAA